GAUAAGUUGUAUGUGGAACAUAUGUUGUAUCUUUAUCUACAAACACUAAGGAUAGUUCCGUCACAUGGCACAGGUUGUCAAUGGUGGAAAAGCAUCUAUGAGUUCUUAUAGUCGUCAGAAUAGAUUCAAUAAUCAAGACAGUAUGGCAGACAUUAAAAGCAGUAAUUGUGAUGAAACAAAUAUGGGAAACAACUCUAAUGAACACACAAGUAAGGGUCGAGUCACGUGGAAUUCACACAAGAUGAAGUCCAUGAGCGAUUCAACACGACUCGGCAGUUCUUUGCAUGGAAAAAACUUGUCUACAUUAAUGACAAAUAAAAAUUAUGGUAUUGUUGUUGGUAUUGAAAUCACAAACUGGACAAAGUAUCAUCUGACCGAACCAAAAACGAAGACAUAUUCAGGAUACAUAUCAACGCCAGCGGGUUCAGUAAGACCUGGACAUAAAGAGGCAAUGAUAGUACAUAAGCACGGUUAUACCAUGACAGGAUCAAGUGGAAUUGUCUCUUGGCUUAUAAAAAGCAAACAAAGGCGCAUUGCGAUUGUGUGGAAAUCACCAUAUUUUAGAAGCAACAGUUUGGGUAUUUGUGUAACGACAGUUGGUAAUGAAACGCAAGACGAUUCCUGGUUCACUGUUAUAAGUAACAAGCAACAGGAUGAAAAACUGAAAUAUAAAUUUUCUACGUUUAGCGAUACGAGUGAUGAAAUAAUGAUUGAAGAUAACGAUUUUCAGUUAUUUGGUUCCAUGGGAACCAGCAGUAAACCAUAAAUUAAGAUAACACUGCGUCCGACAAUGACAAAUGACUUAUCUAUUACAAAACCACAAUAGUUGAUGAUUAAAUUUUUGGUAUUUGUGUGUUCAGUUGUGUAGGAGUAGACUGAAAAGUGAUAUCUUAAAACAAACUUCUGAAAGUGACAAAAAAACAACAUUAUGUAAUCUACACGACUAAGUGUAGAAAAAAGAUAUUGAACUCUUUCAUUUUUAUUUUAUUAGUUUUCGCAAAAUAGUCACUGUGGGUCGUUCGAGGGUGUCCUAACAGGAUUCCAUACCAAUCAUACACAUAAUAAGAGUUAGAUCAGUUUCCCCACAUUUUUUUUUCUUACAUGGAAAAGUAUAUGUCUAAAUUAGAAAUACAAGUAAAUCUUUCAGGUGUUUUUAAGACUUUCGUCAUGGUGUUUUCAAUAUUCGAAAUUUCUCAAAUUUCAUCAGCUUUCUAAUAUUGUCCUGUCAUUGAAUGAAAUAACCGAAAAUAUCCAUACCUGUUAUACACAUUGUCAAACUUUAGUCAAUGUUUACAUCCUUUUCUGAUGACAAAAUGUCAUACAUUUGUGAUUAAGACUCAUAACUGAAAUUAUUCUGUGCGAUUUUGAAAAGGUUUUGAGUAUUCAUACACAUCUAGAAUAAAGAGUUUAAAUUCCCUCACAUCACCAAAUCUUUCAUGCGGUCGAUACAACCAUGUUUAACCUCAUUAAAAGUCUAAAAUUGUAUAAUAUGACAGGCAUGAUAUGUGCACAAAUAUAAUUUUAGUAUCUACAAAUUACAAAGUUUAAAUGGAAAAUGUCGAUGUUACUGUGAUUCCCAAACGUAUGGUAAUUUGUAAGUAGCUUCACAGCCUCAAAACAAUUAUAAUAUUUUCGAUGAGUGACCAUCCAUUUAACGCUUUGUCUGAAUACUAAUUUUGAGGACUUUUUGUAUAGCGUAAUCUUUUUUAAAUAAUAUAGGAAAAUAGGGCUCACAAAAUAUAAAUGUCAACAGAAGUAUUAAGAUAGCUCCGUUUUAAUUUUUCUUUUUGCAAAUAUUACUCAUUAGGCCACACCAAAUUAAUUUUUAGUUCUUCGGACUCUUUCCUUGAAAAAGGGUAGCGAGCGAGCGAAAUUUGUUUAUUUAGUUUUUUUUUCGAAGUUUGAUUUUUGGCAGGCAAAGAUUGUUUUACUAGCGAGCGAUAUAAUUUUUGAAAUAUUAAAAAAAUAAAUUUAAAUCUAUGAAAAGCAUUUUAUGCAAGCGAGCGAUCAAAAAUUUACACAGAGUUGGUGCUUCAUGUUUUUAUAUAUCUCAUAUCCUAGUUCUUAAUAUAUUACCCUACUUUGCUUCUCAAUUUGUUCAUUUUGUUGAAUGUUUUCACAUUUCCAGUACAAAAAUGGUUAACUAGUAGCAAAACCUACAACUUCGUGUAGUCGGCUCAAAUAAAGAUCCUGCUGAACAUGAAAUAGUACAACAGCUUUGAACAGGUAGAAAUCCAUGUUUGAUGUUAAUUAUAAUUGAUGCAUUAUAAAAAUAAGUAGAUGUGGUAUGAUUGCCAAUGAGACAACUAUCCACCAAAGUUCAAAGGAAAGGUAUAUUCAAUUAUAGGCAACCGUACAGCCUUCAACAUGUUCAACAAUGAAAAAACCCACACCGUAUAGUCGGCUAUAAAAGGCCCUGACAUGAAAAAUAUGAAACAAUUCAAUUGAGUAAACUAACGGCCUAAUUUAUAACAAAAAAAUUUACGAAAAACAAAUUUGACAGACAUGAACCAACUACAACCAGUGAACUACAGGCUCCUGACUUGGGACAGGCACAUAA